AUGUCAAAUGUUUUUGUUGACAAAAUGUUUAUCAUCAUUAAUUCAGUAUUGAAAACUCCAUUUGUAGUUUCAUUUUUUGUAACUUUUGGUGUCCAUACUGAUAACAAAAGAUCACUUUUUAAUGAUGGUGGUGAUUUUGUAGAUGAUGAUUUUUUAAAAAAAUUUAAUCAGAUGAAAACAUCGGGUACCACAACUUAUAAAAUUUCCACUAGUAGUAAUGGAAAUCCUCCCGAAGUAAAAACUUUUACUGUUUAUACCACCACUACCACUUACACUUCUAAUUCAAAUGAUCCAUUCUCUGAUUUGGAAAAAUUUAAAAAAGAAGUAGAAACAACAUUUUUUGAUAAUGAUGAUUUUAGAAAACAAUUUUGGAAUACAAAUUUUGAUAAUCAUUUCAAUGAUAAUAUUGAUUCUACGCAUCACGUUACAUAUGAAGAAUUACCUGAACAACCAGAGGAAUUACCUGAAGAGUAUACUUUAUACGCGAAACCUACUCAAGAAGUUAAAUAUGAACCUUGCCCUUAUAAUAAUCAUAAGAAAGCUCUCAUGAUAGGAAUUAAUUAUAAAGAUCCAUAUCGAUUAAACGCAAAUAUCAUUAGAGAGAUGAAAAAUUUUGUGAAAAAUGUUGAAAAAGGUGAUUCUGGACAUGGUGGACAACAAAUGGAUCCAGAUAAUGAUGAAGAUGAUGGAUACGAUGAAACCAUUAUGCCAUUAGAUUUUCAAACUAAUGGACAAAUUGUUGAUGAUGUAGAAAUGCAUCACAUGAUGGUAGAUCCUCUUCCUGCCGGAGUGGCACUUACAGCAAUUUUUGAUUCUUGUCAUUCGGGAACUGUACUUGAUCUACCUUAUAUUUAUUCUACUCAAGGACACGUAAAAAAACCAAAAAUUGUUGAAGGUGGAAAGAAGAAAAAUACUGCAGCUGAUGAUCAAACUUCAUCUGACGUGACUACCAAUGGAGUUUCCACUGGUGCUAUGUCACAUGCUUUUAUUAAAGCAUUGCAAGAAGGGGGUAAAAAUCAGACUUACAAAGAAUUAUUGAAUCGUCUUCGUGCUAUAUUACGUGAAAAAUAUUCGCAGCGACCUCAACUAAGCUCGUAA